AUGACAACAGAUAUCUAUCUCGGUAAACGCCUUUCGUAUGCUUCUCACCUUUGUACGGUUCGUUAUCAUGGCCCUGUAGAGGGAACAACCGGUACAUGGCUUGGAGUAGAAUGGGACGAUCCUACCCGGGGGAAGCACUCGGGCUCGCACCAAGGCACUCAAUACUUUGCGUGUUUGAAUCCUUCUCCGACCUCUGGAUCCUUUAUCCGACCAGCCCGCAAACCGGACCUACCGCGCUCUUUUGUAAAGGCGCUCAAAGCAAAGUAUGCGUCUGAAGAGGAAGAAUAUGGGGAAGAAGGACCCCAGGAUCCGGAUGUCCAAGUCGUGUUUAAUCUUCAGGCGCCACAUAAACAACAGGAUCGGAAGCCAGUAACUUUCAAUGGAAAACCAGCAGAGGAAAUCGGGUUCGAAAAGAUUCGACGGCAGCUCGCUCAGUUGUCGGAAUUGAGGAUUAUCAUUUUGGAUGGGCUAUGUAUGCAUCGCCCAGAAGCACGGGACACGAAGUGGAUGGAAGGUGGCGAGAAGAGCGACGUAAAGGAUGCUUGUCCGAAAGCCAUCGAACUUGAUUUGAGCAGGAAUCUGUUUGAGGACUGGAGAGAAGUAGCGGCAAUAUGCGAACAAUUGCCAGAACUGAGGAGUUUGAGGGUCGAUGGCACACGUUUCCGAGAUGUAAAUCUUACGGACGCGGAGCAGGAAAGGUGCCGGAAAGCUUUUACACGUAUAACGUCCUUGAAGCUAGAAGACACCCUUCUUCCUUGGGCUGACAUAGCACAACUUACUCAUCUCUUCCCAUCCCUCACCACGUUUUCCGCCUCGAGCAACCUCUAUACAGCACUUACGCCACAUACACCCAACCCGACAAUUACCGGCCUUACACUAGAAGACAAUCACAUCACAUCCCUUUCCUCUGUCGAAUGCCUAUCGAAGCUACCAAACCUCCAGCGGCUGAUCUUGAAAUCCAACAAAGUAUCCGAGAUAGUCAGCGCCGGCGCAUCGGUGCCGCUGUUCCCGAAAACAGUGCGUGAAGUUGAUCUCUCAUUCAACGAGAUAACGACAUGGAGCUUCAUCGAGCAGCUCGUUCACGUCUUUCCUGGUCUCCAGAGCCUGCGAGUCUCGCACAACCCCCUGUAUCAAUCACUCCAGGCACCAGACGGCCGUUCCCUGACUGCCGAUGACGGGUACAUGCUUACCCUUGCGCGACUUGGGCAGCUCAAGACGCUAAACCAUAGUCCGAUCACCGAAAAAGAGCGAUUGAAUGCAGAGUCGUAUUACCUUUCUAUGAUAGCAAAGGAGCUUCAGUUUGCAUCCGAGAACCUAAGAGAGGAAAUCUUGAAAAGUCAUCCGAGAUACGAAUGGUUGUGCGAGGAGUAUGGUGAGCCUGAUGUUCAGCGUUCCGCAAAUGCUGUGAAUCCAAACUCCUUGGCUGCCCGGCUGCUCCGCAUCAAAUUCUAUCUCGCAACCUCCCCAGCUACAAUUUUUGAAACUGAGAUUCCAGUGGGCAGCACUACAUACACUACCCUUGGUGUUGUAGGCAGGCACCUCAACAUCAAACCUAUCACAUGCAAACUGGUCUGGGAAACCGGUGAUUGGAUGUCGGUACGCAAAUCGGCUACGGAAAUUGUGGAGGACGAGUGGGACUCAGAGGAUAGCGAGGCUGAGAUGGGCAUGGAACGCGUGAUGCGUGAAGUGGAGAUCUUGCCUGGCACAAGGUCGAUUGGGACGUGGAUUGAUGGGAUGGAGGCUACUGUAAGGGUCGAAGUGCAGUCGUAG